CGGUGAUAGAAGAGUCCAUCACGAGCAAGUACACUUUGUUAGUGAACUACACGCCCUUCACGAUCUCUUGACCAGACUGUCACUGGCAUUUGACAGGCUGAUAAAUAUAUAUAUCCCUGGAUUGCGGCCCUUUCUUUUCGAAAUCAUCUCAUCUGAGUUCUCGUGGUCGCAAAGACAGAAGUGGGCACCUCUAUCCAUCUUUCGCUAUGAGAUUCGGAGUUGGCUGCUAGGAUCUACGAAUAACGCUAUCUGUUCAGGCUUACAAGCUGGACAUUUCUGCAACAUCGAGACACGAUGGGAACGGCAAAGAUACUCGUGGUUGGAGGUGUGCAAGGCCAGCUCAAGAAAGCAUUUGAAAAAAUCUCCAAACUGCAAGCCAAGCAGAACUUCAAUUUGGUCUUGAUUGUUGGCGAUCUGUUCGGGCAGGAUGAUUCCAGCCACUCAGAGGAACUCGAGCUGCUCCUCCAAGGACGCAUCAAUGUCCCUCUCCCGACUUAUUUCACCGUUGGCGAUCUGAGCUUCCCUGAAAAAGUCAAGGCCAAGUUGGAAGGCGACGACGACCUCUGUGCAAACCUCUUCUAUCUGGGUCGCAAAGGAACGAUGACCACUACCGAAGUGGUGAAGAUUGUCUACCUUGGAGGUCGACUUGUCCAAAAUGAAGCAUCUCUCACUCAGAAACUCGGAAAAUGCGACCCUCUGUAUUUGGACAACGAUGCACGAGGUCUCCAUGGGGCUCAUUCCGCUCACAUUCUGGUUACAAAUGAGUGGCCGGCUAACAUCACGAACGGAUCAAAAAUCCCGCUACCAGAAGGCGUCAAAGGCGACCAGGGCACCCAGUCUAUCUCAAACUUGUGUCAAGCGUUGAAGCCAUGGUACCAUUUCGCUAGCAGUCCCGCUGGAGUUUGGGAACGGGAACCUUUCAAGCAUGUCGUGGACUACAGUUCUCUAGAAGAGUUGGCAGUGACAAGAUUCAAAGCUCUCCCGAAUGUUUCUGCGCCUACGAAAGAAUGGAUGACGGCAUUCAGCCUGGACACAUCACGUCCUCCGCCCACAGUGGAGCCUCCUGGUGUAUCGCCCUUCAUCCGGUCCUCGCCGCCCAGAAAGCGGCAGGCCCUAGAAGAUCAGCCAUACAGCAGAUAUGCCAACGGCGGGCAAGAGGGACGCCACUACAAACGUGCACGCAGAAACCAGAAUAAAGACCCGAAUGAUUGCUUCAUGUGCCUGAACAAGCCGGGUGCAAAGACUCAUUUGGUGGUAUCUCUAGGCGAGGAAAGCAUGGUAACAGCUUCUAGGGGCCCACUACCCUUGCCAUCGACUUUCCCACAGCUCUCAUUCACCGGCCAUGUCAUGAUCAUCCCGUACUACCAUGCUGCGGACGAGCUAGCUCAGGGCAAGAGAUCCAUUGAAGAGAUGGCCAAUGAGUUUAAGGAAAUGAACCGCUUCCGCAAGGCACUGAGCACGAUGAUUGGCACAAAGAGUCAAGGUCAGCUAGGCACUGUGUGCUGGGAAGUCAAUCGCACCGGCAUCCGGCAUCACCAUUGGCAGUUGAUGGCAUGUCAGGCUGAACAGGUGAAGAAAGGCUUGGUCGAGGCGGCUUUCAAGGUAGCGGGAGAACGGCACGAGUACCCUCCAUUCCAGCCCUGUGACCCCGACAGUCUAUUGCCUCAACGGUCGGAUUACUUUCGCGUGUGGACGUGGGUGUCGGAUCCAGUUGAAACGGCAGACCACACCAAUGGCAACGACGAGAAAGAUUUCGGGGUGGCAAAAUCUAUGUACUUUCCUCUACCGAAUGAACAGCGAUUCAAUAUCUGGUUCGGCCGGGAGGUCAUGGCGGGUCUAUUGCAGCUGGAGAACCGGGUGAAUUGGAUGGAUGCGCUCCUUCGCAAAGACGGAAGUGAGCAACUGGCGGAGGAAGAGGAUGCCCAGGGCUUGAGGACAGAUUUUGAGGAGUUUGAUUUUGCCAUGAAGUAGGCGGCAUAAAAGUUCAAUACGCCAGUCGAGGGGUCCUCUCUCCCAGGUGCAAAGCUUGGACGAAAUUUGGAUUUUGCUGGCGUUUGGUUCAUUGGCGCGAGAUACCCAUGGCUUUCGAGGCAAGGCCUCUUUGAAAGCUAGUUUGGAAAGCUGACUUGAUAUUGAAUACAUCUUAUUCUACGGACUUGGACGGGGAUUCCAUAUGACUAGCAUAAUAUGAUGGGCCGACAGAGUCAGUCACAUUCCGUCGAUCGCAGACUCGCGAUGGUAGAAAGAAUGUGGCGAUUUCAUCGCCCCCAUCCUCGCCUAGCUUACCAACCACUCUUGUCAAUCGUGAUGGGAAAGUGUGUACCGCUUAUAUACACUUGUAUGCUGCUUCGUGGAGACGCGGCUCCCCCUGCACGAGUAUUUUGCGGUAUUGUGCAUCUGAAUGGAGGCAUACCACACGUCCAUGUCACCAGUACACAAAGCCUACCUUGACAGCUGCCUGGGGAUUGGGAGUCAUAAGCCUUCUCUGAUUCCAGGUAUCUCGGUCUAAUUGAAAUUCUUAUAUUAUCAACCUCCUGAAUGCAGCUGGGUGAAUUCAGGCCCUGCAGAGCAUGUUCUCAUAGCAAGCUAAGCCGCCCUGGCAACGGCUUCCAGAGCGCUUCGAGAUCUCAAUACUGGACGCCUUCUAC